GGAAUAAUACGGAGAGAUAUAAAAAAAAAAAAAAAAAAAAGGAUAAAAAUCAUCUUUUUCUCCGUAUUCUUGCUUCUGUUUUCUCGCCGUUGCUUUCGAUCGUUUCGCGCGAUAGCAAUCGGUUGCAGGAGUUGCGUUAUCAGGAGAUUAGGGUUUUUUUCUGCUCUUAUUGGAAGUAGGCAAAACCUGAUUGGUCCGUUCGACGACUCCAAGGAAUCGGCGCAAUUCGAUUGGAGUGGACAGAGAAACCCGAUUUCGGCAGUUAAGGAUGCACGGACAUGUCCUUAAUUAUCGCAAUAGGCUCCACCGAGAUUUCUGGUUUCCUGUUGCUGGAAACAAAUUCGUAGUCUGCUACACCUUGGUUUCUAGUCUUCACCUUUUACUGUGCUCAUACGUCACCUGUUGGUUCAGACGGAUAAUGGAAUCGCAUCCUGGUGUUCCAAGUACAGUAGGUUCGAGCAUGGAACAGGAUCUGUUGGCUGCAGUUAGUCUUCGACCAGAUGAGAACUUAGGAGGGGGAAACCAGAAUCUUCAGGGUGCUCCAUCAAUGGCGGGCGAGUAUCUUGCACCACAGACACAACUCGAAUUUGGUCAUUCAACUGCCUAUGCUAUGUACCCAUUUACGGAUCCUUAUUUCGCUGGCCUAGUUGUUCCUUAUGGAACUCAAACAAUGAUUCAUCCUCAGAUCGCCAGCAUGUCUCACUCUCGCAUGCCUUUACCUCUAGAAAUGGCAGAGGAACCAAUUUAUGUCAAUGCCAAACAGUAUCACGGAAUUCUCAGGCGAAGACAAACUCGCGCAAAGGCUGAACUUGAGAAAAAAGCUGUAAAAGCUAGAAAGGUAAGUCGGCACUCAAGUCAGUCUGUCAAUGAUAAGCCAUUCAUGCCUUAUCUGCAUGAGUCCCGCCACCAACAUGCAAUGAGAAGAGCUAGGGGUUGUGGAGGUCGUUUCCUAAAUACCAAGAAUGCCGACGACAAUGCCAAAGGCGAUGCCCAAGAAGGUCUGAGUUAUGGAGUUUCGACUGAUUGCCCAGGUGAAAGAGUAGAGGAAGAUAUGUAAUCGAAAACCCAACAUCUUAGACAUCUCAGCAGAGGAGAUCUAUCGAUCGACACAGUGAGGAUCCAGUGUAAAUGAUACUAUUGGUAUUUCCCUGUGAAGUUUCUGAACUUAAAGUUCAUAGAUCGUUUAGUCGACUAUUCGAUCAGGCAAGAGGACCACUUGCAUAAGCAUAGAGGUCGCCUAGCGAGCUAUGAUGUUCAAGGCAAUUCAUUCUUGGCUUGACAUUUCUGAUUCCUUUGGAGUCGAUUUCCUUUUUUAUCCUUGGCAAACUGCAGUGUAAUAAAAAGGGUUUGGAUGGGAAGAACUUUGAAGUCGAUGUGAAAAUUCCAUCUGUUAGUAGGGUUUAAUGUACUAUUGUCGGAGAGGUUUAGGAAUGAUGUUCCUAAUUGAUCUAUGUUUUCAUCAAUAUUUUAAGUUGCCGUUUGGGAUUAACUUUGAAGUCGAAGUGAAAAUUGCAUCUGUUAGUAGGGUUUAA